CAGAGUACGUAUAGGUGAGUGGGCAGGGGCUUUGCAGGCAGAAGUUCCCCUGGUCAAUCACGAGCAUCCUGGAAAGGAUCAAGCGGUAGGAGAUGUGAAAGUCCUCCGACGGAGAUGCUGGAAGAUGACUGCAUAAGCAGGUGGCAAAACCCAGAGUCCCCCGAUGGCCGUGCAGCUGAUAUCCCGUUACUUCCCAGCGGGGCUUCACACCGUGAAAGCUUCCUUCUGUCCUUUAACGUCUCCAGCUUGCAAACUGUGGGUGCUUCCACAGAAACUGUUAGCAUCUCCUGAAAACCCACAUCUGCCCAGCUUCCUGGGCUCAAGACCUUUCAGCUCAUCCCGAGCAGUUGGCAGCAGCAAAGACUUGAACAAGAGACAACCUGCCUGUUCCUCUGAAACGAUUGCCGAAGAUGAAGCUGACACAGAGGAAGGCUUUGGCACGCUGUCUGACAAGUUUUCUUCACGACACUUUUUUCAUAAAACCACAACAGAGUCUCACGAUAUGCAGCUCCGAACACAGGAGGAGGAGGAGGAAUUGAGGCCAAAACCCAGACGAGGUCGUCGGAACACUCCUUAUUGGUACUUCUUGCGUUGCAAAGCAUUGAUCAAGGAAGAUAAGCUGGCUGAGGCUUUGGACCUGUUUGAAGUGCAGAUGCUGAAGGAAGAACGCCUCCAGCCAGAGGAGAGCAACUAUACAGUGCUGAUUGGUGGCUGUGGCCGGGUAGGCUACGUAAAGAAGGCAUUCAAGCUUUAUAAUGACAUGAAAAAGCGAGGCUUGACGCCCACCGAUGCCACCUACACAGCACUCUUCAAUGCCUGCUCAGAGUCGCCCUGGAAAGAUUCGGGCUUGCAGAUCGCACUCAAGUUGCGGCGGCAGCUACAGGACCGCAAUUUGGAGCUGAACACCAUCAGCUAUCGUGCCUUGCUGAAAGUCUGCGCCUUUUGUUCAGAUCUACGAAUGUGCUUUGAAGUCUUCAAGGAGAUGGUCCAGAAAGGCCACAGCGUCACAACAGAGACUUUCAACUUUUUGCUGAUGGGGUGCAUAAAAGAAAAAGAGGACGGCUUCCGGUAUGCCUUGCAGCUGUGGCAGCAGAUGGCAAAACUGAACAUCAAGCCCGACAGAUAUACCUACAACUUAAUGCUGGCGGCUGCCAGAGACUGCAGCCUGGGUGAUCCUCUGGUGGCUUCGGAGCUGCUGCUGAGAGCUCCAGAGGAGAGGCCAGCCGUGCCAAGGUUGAGGUCCGGUAGACAACGGCAGAAGAUGAAGAGUCACGGCGGGGAAGAAUCAGGCUCUAGAGCUGGUCCGCAGUUGGAUGUGGAAGUCCUGGAAAGACGUAUGUUUCCAGAGAACUGUGGAAAACCCAUGGAGCCUUUUUCCAGCCAAGGAGCUGGAGCAAACAACACCCCCAGUGACUCUACUGUGCUGGGUCCCAAUAGGUCUGAGAACUUGCCCAUCUCAGAUCAAAUCCAGCUUGUGCCAAGCUUUGCCAAAGCGGAUGUGGGUUUCUCCACGGGCACCUGCUCUUCUCCCAACUUGCUGGACUUGCCGGUCAUGAACAGCAGCCUGGUGUCUUUAGGGACAGUGGCCACACGCUCCGACAGACUGGCUCUGAUGGGGAACCUGGAGGGCUUCUUAAAGAAGAUGAAAGAAGACAACGUGGCAGGGAAUAUCAAAACGUUCACGCUUCUGGCUGAGCUGGUGGAGCCCAACAGCUCAUCAGAAUCUGCCUUGCUGACAGUGAUGGAGGAGCACAAGGUGAAACCCGAUCUGACGUUUUUUAAUACGUUGGUGAGGAAGAAGAGCAAGCAAGGAGAUCUAGACGGAGCAAAGAGCCUGCUUCCUUUUCUGGUGAAGGAAGGACUAUCCCCAAAUUUGCACACUUUUUGCAACUUGGCAAUAGCUUGCCACAAGCAAGAGAACGGACUGCAGUUGCUCUCCGACAUGAAGCGCUCUGGGAUAAAUCCCAACAUCCACAUCUACGGCGCAUUGAUCAACACAGCUGUGAAGAAGCUGGACUACGCGUACCUGAUUGAGAUCCUCAGGGACAUGAGGAACACACAGACUGCCCCAAAUGAGUUUGUCUUGAAGAUGCUGGAGUUUGCAGCCCAGUAUCCUCCAGACUUUGACAGAUACAAGAAGAAAGAUCCCUACCUGGAAAAAAUAGACGGCUUCAGAGCUUACUACACCCGUUGGCUAAAGUGGAUGUCGGCAGAGGAACAACCGCACCCAUGGGCCAAGUACAGAACGGGAAAGCAAUCGCAAAGCAAAGCUAGCACAGGAGACGAAUGAACAGUGCAGCCACCAGGUGGGCUGUCAGGAUGGGAACCAAGAAGUCAGCAUCAUUGCGGAGCGCUCUGUACUGUUUCCUUCAUCCUUCUGUGGAGUUUAUCAUGUCCUCAGCGUUGUAAAAGUUGGUAUUUGUAAAGCCUGUAAAUAAAACUCUGAGAAGAAAAGCAAACUUCCAACCCGGGCAGCACAGAUGGCUUUUAAAUAAAAAAUAAUUCAAACAAGAA